UAUGUGGUUUCCUCCGGUACAUUUCACUUAGGAAUAACAAACCACUCCAGGCCUCUGUCCGUGCUGUGACAAGUGGAACUCUUUGGGCUUUAAAAAGGGAAGAUUUUCGAGGAAUUCUUAUGUCAGAAUUUUCAAAUUUAUCAUCAUUGAAGUUGCUUCGAUCAGUAGAUCUGCUCUCGAGGUUGACAAUCUUACAGCUGAGUCACAUUGCAGAAUCUCUUUCUGAAGUUUCCUUUUCUGAUGGGCAGAUAAUAGCUGAUAGGGAUGAGGCUUUCUUGGGAUUGUACAUUAUCGAGAAGGGACAAGUUAGAAUUACUGUUGAUUCAGAAGUAAUUAAUAAACCGAACACGGGCAGUCUCGUGGCUGACAGCUCAAAGCAGGACAAUGAUACGCAGAACAAUAAAGAGCUUCUGGUGCAGAAGGAUGAGGGAAGUUAUUUUGGUGAGUGGACGCUUAUCAGUGAGCACAUUGGCCUAGUGAGUGCAGUUGCUGUGGGUGACGUGGUAUGUUCUGUAUUGACAAAAGAAAAGUUUGACUCUGUCGUUGGCCCUCUGGCAAAGCUUUCACAGGAUGAUCACAAAUCGAGGGACUAUUCCUUGGGUGUGUCCAAUGAAUUCAGAACGAUUGAUCCUUCUACUCUUGGGAAGGUGAAGCUCUCAGAUUUGGAGUGGAGAAAGUGUUUGUAUUCCACCGACUGUAGUGAGAUCGGGCUUGUACUUUUGAGAGAUUCAGAAAAUUUGCUUAGCCUGAAGAGAUUUUCGAAGCAAAAAAUCAGAAGUCUUGGAAACGAAGCACUGGUUUUAAGAGAAAAGAACCUGAUGAAGAGUGUAAGCCCUUCAGGUAGUGUACCACAGGUUUUAUGCACCUGUGCUGAUCAGACACACGCUGGCAUACUGUUAAAUACCUGCAUUGCUUGUCCAAUUGCUUCAAUACUUCACACCCCACUUGAUGAAGCAUCGGCUCAAUUCUGUGCUGCCAUUGUUGUCACUGCCUUAGAAGAUUUACACAAGAAUGGGGUUCUUUACAGAGGUGUAUCUCCAGAUGUUCUAAUGUUUGACCAGACAGGACAUCUACAGUUUGUGGACUUCAGAUUUGGGAAGAAGUUAUCAGGUGAAAGAACAUUCACUAUAUGUGGGAUGGCAGACUCUUUGGCUCCAGAGAUAGUCCAGGGAAAAGGUCAUGGUCUCCCUGCUGACUGGUGGGCAUUGGGAGUCCUGAUCUAUUUCAUGUUACUAGGUGAAAUGCCGUUUGGAUCAUGGAGAGAAAGUGAGCUUGAAACAUUUGCAAAGAUUGCAAAAGGACAGCUAACUCUGCCCGGGACUCUGAGCCUUGAAGCUGUUGAUCUCAUCACCAAGUUACUUGAAGUUGAUGAAACCACAAGACUUGGAAGCCAUGGUGCUGAUUCUGUCAAAUCUCAUCCAUGGUUUGAUGAUGUUGAUUGGGAAGCAAUUACAGAUGGCAGCUUCCCUGUUCCACAUGAGAUUAUCUCGCGUCUAGCUCAACACUUGGAAAGUCAUUCUGAGGAGUGUGGAGCUUCUCAUCUUUCGCCACACCAAGAUGUGGAAGAGCUUGAUACUCCAGAAUGGCUCGAAGACUGGUAGAAUAACGCUUGAGAUGGCAACACAUUUUUCGGCGAAUGACUUUGAUGGUAGCAGCGGAGAAUAAAUUUCUUUUGGGUGCUACUUCUACUUAGCCAUUUUAAAAGCUCAAUAGAGGUCAGUGAAUAUAAUUUUUUUUUUUUGGGUUAAAUUUUUUCUUGUUGACCCCGACUGCUGUAAAUAUGUAUGCAUGUAAAUGAAUGAGCUCCUCUAUAUUUUUUUUCUUCUUUUUUUUUUCUUCUCUAUAUAUGAAAUUUUAGUCUCUGCAAAUUAUAUGGCAGCUGAUGAUAGCAAGACGGGCAUGGACAAACCAGUUCUUAAUUGCAGUUUUUGUUGUAUUCUUAUUUUCA